GACUGACGGAUGAUGUCUGACUGAUUGCUGUUUCUGUUCGUAAAAAAGGGGCAAGGAGCGUUGUGUUAUUUUGAGUUUAGUGAUAUAAAUGUGAAGUAGCCCACCUACAUAUAAAUAGUUAAGACAUGCUUCCAUCAACUGGUUAUUUCAAAGGAAUUAAUUGUCCUUUUUAUGAUAACGGAUUAUGCGAGCGCCCCUAUUGUCACUUUCGUCAUGUUAAAAAGGAAUUGCAGGGAACGUCCAAUGAGAGUAUUGAAAGUGGAGCAAUUCUCCAAAAACUAGUGUCGGCAGCGGUUCAGAAAGUACUACAACAGGCUGAUUCAGCAGGCACGACGGCUGACGCAGUUGACGUUAACAGUGAUAAAAGCAAUUCUCAGCCGUUAGUAAAAGCAACAUACAACCCAACUCCUAUAUCCGAAUUGAAAAAGAUUUCAAAUCUUGAUUCCGAAAAUAAGGAUGACGUAAAUGAACAGAAAAAAAGACAUAUUCCUGUUCCAUAUACUCCUAGAAAGCCAGCCAGUCUGCCUAUCAAGAGACCAAUAGAUACAAACGGUUCCUCAAAACCAUUUAUAUACAUACCACCACCACCUGUGAAAUAUACUCCUGGAUGCACUGAAUCUGUUCAGCAAGACCAAUACACUCCAAAAGGAGGAACUGAAUCAGAGAAUAAAUAUCUUCCUGGAUCUGAGACCGAAAUACCAGAAUACAAACCAAAUGAAACAAAAAAUACAUCCAAUAAACACAAUUAUGUUCCUUCAGAUAAAACUGUAAGUAAAAAGAAAAUAUUAGAGUACAAACCUAUCAAAGUGUCAUCUAAGAAUGAAUCUUCAACUGUUACCUAUCAGCCUACACCAAGGUCACUAGUACCAUGCUUUUCCAGUGAUGAAGAUGAACCGAAUAGCAAGAAAAGGAAACCUUCGACUGAUCUUAAUGGUUUAGAUGAUUUAGGGCCUGAAUUUGAUAUAUUAGACCAGAUUCUAGAUGAAGAACAAUCUGUAGAACAUCAAGGUGUUCAAUCUAAAAGUUGUAAUAUAGUAAAAGUGAGUGAUGAUAAAAAGGCAAAAUUAAAUGAUAAAUCACAAGAGGCUGACAAAGUAAAAGAAAAGUCACAUAAAAGUUCUAAGCAUGAAAAGUCGAAAAGAAAUCACAGUGAAGAUCGUAAAGCACAUGAUAAACAAAAAACAAAAUCUAAGGAACAUGACAAAAAGUCGAGUUCAAACAAAUCUAGUAAAGACUCAAAAAAGGAUCAUAAAAAGAAAGAUGACCGAAAAGAAAAAUAUGAUAGCGAAAGGAAAAAGCAUUCUAGUUCCAAAAACUCUCAUGAAUCUUCAAAGAAAUCUAAAUAUGAUUCUUCAAAAGUUUCUGAAAAACAUAAUAAACAUUCCAACACAUCUAAAAGUGAUUUAAGAAGUAAAAAAAGAAGUGAUCACAAGAGCCACAAAAAAUCUGGGGAAUCAAAGGAAAAAUCAAAGACCAGCCAAAGUAAAGAAAAAGAUACAAGUAACAUAUCUGAUAGUGACAAUGCUGUCACUGAUGUUAUAGAUUCUAAUUGUGAUGAUUUAUAUGAGUUGUCAGAGUCUGAUGAGGAAUCUAGAGCAAUGGAAUGUAAAAGGAUAUUUGAAGAAUAUGUGCCUACAGAAAUUAAACGUCCUGAAGAAAUUAUGAAUAAAAUAGAAAACAUUACUGAAGAUGAGUAUGUGCCUACAAAGAAAAGAAUAUCAAGAACUGCAGACAAAAAUGUAAAAGUUACUCCUAGAAUCCCAGUGAAGCCAGACUUCAAAGUUAAUGCUGCUAAUGCUAUGGCCGAAAGGUUGGCCAAGGUUAAAGACUAUCAUGCUUCUAAAAGACUUGAAAUUACAAAUGACAGUACUACUACUAAAUUUGAUACCCUCAAAAAUGUAAUUGGUACUCCAUCUGGUAGUACUACUAAAGUUCGUAUUGCACAUGUGCCUUAUGCUUCCACAUUGAUGAAUGCAAAGAAGACUAUAUCUAAUACAAAUUUGUUAAAAAAUGAACCAUCAACAAGCACAACUAUAACUCAGACUGUAAAAAAAGGUACGCAAAGAGUAGCUCAUGUACCAAACGAGAAGUUCAUUGAUCGACCGGGUGUACUUGAACCAUUGGGUUCAAAAAUUCCUGCAAAUAUUAGAUCUACUUACUUAAACAUGAUGAUUGAUGAAUGUUUAAAAAUUUAUUUAUCUUCUAUGGAUGCUUAUAAUCGUGCACAACAUGAAGAGUUAACUACAAGUAAAAAGUGUUCAACUGUACAAAUAUAUAAAAAUUCUGCAGUUUUGACUGUAAGCAGAUUACGGCGAGAGUUUCAAGAAUGUAAUGGUGUUAAGAAGUCAGGAUCUGAGUGCUCAAACUUACAAAAGAUUCCAGCAAUCACUAUAGGAAAUUCUAAUAAUGCCGGUUCAUGGAGUAUAGAGAAUAAAAAUAAAAGAAUUUCAGAUAAUUCUCAGGAGUUUAGUGGAGCUAAAUUAUAUAAUAAUAUUCUAAGGUGGGUUUUGAGUGAAGAGCAAUUGCAAGCAAAUGGUUUUCCAAGAUUUCAUCCCAGCAGUGAAAAAGGAAGAGCAAUUAUAUAUGGUCAAAAGAAACAAAAUCCCCCAAAGGGUUAUAUCAGAACUUGUUGUAGAUGUAAAAAAGAUUAUACAGUGGAUAAAAAAGGGUUUGCAGCUAUUAGAGAAGAAUGUAUAUAUCAUCCUAACAAUAAGUAUAGGAUUCGUGGUGAAGUGCAUUAUCAGUGUUGCAGUCAAGAUGGUACCUCUGAUGGGUGCUGUGUAGCACCCAGUCAUGUUUAUGAGUAUGUUGAUUAUGAAAAUCUUAAAGGGUAUGUUAAAACAUUACCACCUGAAAGGGAGCUUGAAGAUUAUGGCGUGUUUUCACUUGAUUGUGAAAUGUGUUACACAACACAUGGAUUAGAUUUAACGAGAGUAACAGUUAUAAACAGUGAUUGUAAAGUUAUCUAUGAGACCCUGAUAAAGCCCCUUCAUCCCAUUGUAGAUUAUAAUACCAGGUAUUCAGGUAUCACAGAAGAACAAAUGAUGGGAGUGAAAACUACAUUAUUAGAAGUUCAGGCAACUCUCCUCGCCAUGUUUAACAGUAAAACUAUCCUUAUUGGGCACAGCUUAGAAUCUGACUUUAAAGCUCUUAAAUUAAUCCAUGAUACAGUUAUAGACACAAGUGUAUUAUUUCCACAUAAAAUGGGUCCCCCAUAUAAACGGGCUCUUAGAAAUUUAUCAUCAGAAUAUUUAAAGAAAAUUAUACAGAAUUCUGUAGAUGGUCAUGAUAGUGCUGAAGAUGCCAUGGUUUGUAUGGAAUUAAUAAUUUUCAAGCUUAAAGAAUAUUUGAAAACCAGAUGAUAUUAAUAAAAAUGAUUUAUUUACUGGAGUGCAAAAUUAUUGUUAUUAUUACUACUAAAUGAAAAGGGAUUACAGUAGUGUUAAUUAAUUAAUUUAUAUUUACUUAAAAGGAAACUAAUAAAAUUUAAGAUGACUUACUUUAUUUUGGAAGUAAUAAUCUUAAUACACUAUAAGAACUACAUUGUGCAGUAGUAAUAAGAUUACCAACGAUGAUUUAAUUUCAUAAUUAACGACAAUAUUUUUUAAGUAGCUUAAUUUGUAUUAUUAGCUAUGAAUAUUAAGGCUGUAUUUAAUAAUUUUAUAAAAAUAUUUUCCUUA